AUGAGACCAUCCACCACGGCGGAAAUGGAUGUCGCAUCAACUACCGGUGCCAAUGUCGGCUCCGAUUUGCGGCGUAGGAAUGUUCACGCCGGAGAGAAAGUUGAUAAGCUCUUCUCAUCUCAUAAUCUCGAGGACAAGGACGCAAAGUCGAGGCCUAAGCCCAGUUCUUUCUCCUCAAUACUAUAUAGUUGGGAACCUUUCAUUGUGCCGAUUGUGCUGACAGCCUUGGCUGUUUUCACCCGUAUGUACCGCAUAGGUCGCUCGAACAUUGUGACAUGGGAUGAAGCCCACUUUGGGAAAUUCGGUUCACAUUACUUGAAGCGAGAAUUCUACUUUGAUGUUCACCCGCCACUGGGAAAGAUGCUUGUUGGCUUAUCCGGUCUCCUUGCUGGAUACAACGGAUCCUUUGAAUUCAAAUCAGGAGAGAAAUACCCAGACGAUGUCAACUUUACAUUCAUGCGUGUCUUCAACGCCGCUUUCGGUGUUGCGUGCGUUCCUCUCGCUUAUUACACUGCUCGAGAGCUAGGUUUCCGCAAGGCCACCGUUUGGCUAAUCAGUCUGAUGGUUUUGUUCGAAAACUCCUACGCGACCAUUUCAAGGUUCAUAUUGCUUGACUCGAUGUUACUUUGCUUCACCUUUACGACCACCAUGUGCUGGGCUAAGUUUCAUCGGUUACAGCAUGCUAGCUUCUCAGGUCAGUGGUUCACGUGGCUCUUCCUGACAGGUAUAAGUAUCGGCUGCGUAUGCAGUGUCAAAUGGGUGGGUCUUUUUUGCACAGCAUUAGUGGGACUCUAUACAAUUGAAGAUUUGUGGAAUAAAUUUGGCGAUCUUAGGAUGCCGAAGACAGUCCUCGUCAAUCACCUACUGGCUCGCGUAGUCGGAUUGAUUAUUAUACCAGCUGUGGUAUAUAUGCUUUCCUUUUACGUGCAUUUCUGGAUUCUUGAAAACAGUGGACCGGGCGACGCGCAGAUGAGCUCUCUCUUUCAGGCCAACCUAAAGGGCACCGAAGUCGGAAAGGACAGCCCUCUCGAAAUUGCGCUUGGCUCUAGGGUCACUUUAAAAAAUAUGGGUUAUGGUGGAGGACUGCUGCAUUCUCAUGUUCAAACUUAUCCCGACGGUUCCAAUCAGCAGCAGGUCACUUGUUACCAUCACAAGGACGCAAACAACGAUUGGUUCAUCUACCCCAACCGCCAUGAACCUGAGUAUGACGCCAACGGACCUCUGUCUUUUGUUGGUGAUGGCGAUAUUAUUCGUCUUAUUCAUGGGCAAACGGGCCGAAACCUUCAUUCGCAUGCCAUCCCGGCUCCUAUCACCAAAUCUCAAUACGAAGUCUCCUGCUAUGGUAACAUCACUAUUGGGGACGAAAAAGAUCACUGGGCAGUGGAGGUUGUCGAUGAUGUCGCGUCAAGGGACCGAAGCAGGAUUCGAACCCUGACAACUGCAUUCCGCCUGAGACACAUCGUUCUGGGCUGCUAUCUGCGCGCCGGCAACGUGAACCUCCCACAGUGGGGUUUUAAGCAGAUCGAGACCACAUGCGUUAAAGAGAACAAUCCUCGCGACGUCUACACGCAUUGGAACGUGGAGUCUCAUUUCAAUGAUCGACUUCCACCUGGUGAUCCAGGAUCGUACAAGUCCCCCUUUUUUAAGGAUUUCAUUCAUCUGAAUGUCGCCAUGAUGACAUCGAACAACGCGCUUGUUCCUGAUCCAGACAAACAAGAUGACCUUGCGUCGAAAUUCUGGCAAUGGCCAAUACUUAAUGUGGGCCUUCGUAUGUGCUCCUGGGAUGACAACACCAUUAAGUAUUAUCUCCUCGGAAAUCCCUUUGUCUACUGGGGCAGUACAGUCAGUCUCGGGGUUUUUGGACUCUUAAUAUUCUGGUAUCUGGCCCGCUGGCAGCGGGGUUACAAGGAUCUCAACCAAGCGGACAUCGAUCACAUCCAUUAUUCCGGCUUCUAUCCUCUGCUCGGAUGGAUCCUACACUACUUCCCUUUCAUAAUCAUGGCUCGGGUGACCUAUGUUCACCAUUAUUACCCUGCGCUCUAUUAUGCCAUACUUACCUUCGGUUUUUGUGUCGACUGGCUUACUCAAAAAAUGAGUCCUGUGGCUCGUGGGUCUCUGUAUGCCUUCCUUUACAUGGUCAUCAUCGGGAUGUUUGUUCAUUUCCGGGUCAUCGUGUUCGGCAUUGAGGGACCUAGCCAGCAAUGGGCCAAUCUGAACUGGCUGAGCGGUUGGCGGAUUGCGAAUUGA